AUGACAGGGCUGCUGUUGACUUUUGCAUCGGCACCUUCGGCCAGCCCGGAGCCUACCUCGAUGGGUCAUCCUUCUGACAGUGCCUCAGAGGCACCGAGGGACACAGAAGAGCGGGGACGCUGCGGAACGAUGGGGGUCACCGCAGAGCAGGGCUGCCACCUGUGUGGGCACACCCCGAUGACAUGGAAUUUCCCUGCUGGUCUGGACAGUGUUCCAUGGGCUUUUCUCUUACUUCCUCUCUUCGAUCUUGAGAGAGUGUUAUUACUGAUGUACCCAGUGUCCUGUUACACUCUAGUAGAGGUUGCAUUUCAGCAGUGGAUCACGGAGGUUUCUUACAUGUGA